CUGAAAUGCUAUGAAGUGAACAAAUCUUCAUUGUUUAUAAACAAAUCCACUCCGAUUACGUAAAUUCGAUAACUAAGUGAUUAAACCAAGGUGUUUCACAUAUAUAAGAGAAUCCCACUUAGCAACACCAGCACUUGUUACUAUGGCACCAAGAGAAAGAGUUCUGGGUCUUCUUAGCAAUAUAGCUAAAUCAUCAUGCAGAUGCCCUGCCCAUUCAAGUGCCUUAUAUAUGAGAGGCAGCUCUGCUGCAGUGCCAAAACCUGUCGAUGGAAAAGAAUAUGCCUUUGAAAUGACAUGUUCAAGUGUUCGAUAUGGACCUGGAGUAACUCAAGAAUUAGGAAUGGAUUUGCAAAACAUGAAGGCUAAGAAUGUUCUAUUAAUGACGGAUCAAAAUAUAAGUAAGCUUCCUCCAGUAACAAAAGCUCUAGAUUCUCUUCACAAAUUCGGCAUCAAUUAUGAUGUUUUUGAUAAAGUUCGAAUAGAGCCAAAUAAUAUUAGCUUUGAAGAAGCUAUUUCUUUUGUAAAGAAGAAGAACUAUGAUGCUUUUGUUGCUGUUGGAGGAGGUUCAGUGAUUGAUACUUGCAAAGCAGCCAAUCUGUAUGCAUCAGAUCCUGAAGCAGAAUUCUUAGAUUAUGUUAAUGCCCCCAUUGGGAAAGGAAAGCCAGUCACUUGUGACGUGAAGCCUCUGAUUGCUGUGCCAACUACUGCUGGUACUGGUAGUGAAACCACAGGAGUCGCUAUUUUUGAUCAUAUUCCUUUGAAAACCAAAACAGGCAUUGCCCACAGAGCUCUGAGACCUACUUUAGGUAUAAUAGAUCCAUUGCAUACUCUACAUAUGCCUGGGAGAGUAGCAGCAUAUUCUGGUUUUGAUGUGUUAUGUCAUGCUCUGGAAUCCUAUACGGCAAUUCCAUUUAAUGAAAGAACCCCAAGGCCUGCCAAUCCUGUUCUUCGUCCAGCUUAUCAAGGAAGCAACCCCAUCAGUGAUAUUUGGUCCAUGAAGGCUCUCAGAACAAUCCAGAAGUAUUUCAGAAGAGCUGUGAAGAAUUGCGAUGACUAUGAAGCACGAUCCGAAAUGCAUCUGGCCAGUACUUUUGCCGGCAUCGGUUUUGGAAAUGCAGGGGUCCAUUUGUGCCAUGGCAUGUCCUAUCCUAUUUCUGGAUUGGUGAAAAAGUACAAAGCAUCGGAAUACAAAUGUGAUUAUCCUAUAAUACCGCAUGGCUUGUCUGUGGUGAUUACUGCCCCAGCUGUGUUUAAUUUCACUGCCCCUGCGUGUCCUGAACGUCAUCUGGCAGCUGCAGAAGCUUUAGGAAUGGAUGUUACAAAUGCGAAGCGAGAAGAUGCUGGUCGGAUAUUGGCCGAAACUGUGAAGAAUUACAUGUAUGAUUUGGGUAUAGAGAAUGGCCUGGACGGACUGGGAUUUACCUCGGAUGAUAUCCCAGCACUUGUGGAGGGAACACUGCCUCAGCACCGUGUCACAAAACUGGCUCCACGAGAACAAUCCAAGGAGGAACUUGCUCAUUUGUUUGAAUACUCAAUGACAGUUUACUGAAGCAAAGAAUUUUCACACAAUUUUUAAAAUGAAAUGAAAAUCUUUAUUAUGAAAUAAAAAGUAUUUUUACACACGUUAAA